GGGGGCGCGGAGGGCAGCUCCGUCCCGGUCCCGGUCUCGGGUCCGGGCGGCGGCGCCCCCCCGCCGCCCGCGGGCAAGCCGGUGUACUCGACGCCGUCGCCGGUGGAGAACACGCCGCAGAACAACGAGUGCAAGAUGGUGGAGCUGCGGGGCGCGCAGGUGGCCUCCUUCUCGGUGGAGGGCUGCGAGCUGAUCUGCCUGCCGCAGGCCUUCGACCUCUUCCUCAAGCACCUGGUGGGCGGCCUGCACACGGUCUACACCAAGCUCAAGCGCCUGGAGAUCACGCCGGUCGUCUGCAACGUGGAGCAGGUGCGCAUCCUGCGCGGCUUGGGCGCCAUCCAGCCCGGCGUCAACCGCUGCAAGCUCAUCUCCCGCAGGGACUUCGAGACGCUCUACAACGACUGCACCAACGCCAGCUCCAGACCUGGGCGGCCUCCAAAACGGACUCAGAGUGUCACCUCUCCAGAGAAUUCUCACAUCAUGCCACAUUCCGUCCCUGGUCUCCUCUCGCCUGGAAUCAUCCCGCCGACAGGUCUGACAGCUGCGGCAGCAGCCGCAGCCGCAGCUACAAACGCUGCCAUCGCGGAGGCAAUGAAGGUUAAAAAAAUUAAAUUAGAAGCAAUGUCAAACUAUCAUGCCAAUAAUAACCAGCACGCAGCAGAGUCUGAAAACGGGGACCUAAAUUCUACCGUGGGCCUUGAGCUACCUUUUAUGAUGAUGCCCCAUCCACUUAUUCCGGUCAGCCUGCCCCCAGCAUCCGUCACAAUGGCCAUGAAUCAGAUGAACCACCUGACCACAAUCGCCAACAUGGCUGCCGCAGCACAAGUACAGGGGCCUCCCUCCAGAGUGGAGACGUCUGUGAUCAAGGAGCGCGUUCCGGACAGUCCUUCUCCGGCACCAUCUCUCGAAGACGGUCGACGGCCUGGCAGCCAUCCAUCCUCACAUCGCAGCAGCAGCGUAUCCAGCUCCCCAGCCCGAACCGAAAGUUCUUCAGACAGAAUCCCAGCUGUCCAUCAGAACGGUCUCUCCAUGAACCAAAUGUUGAUGGGCUUAUCACCGAAUGUCUUACCCGGUCCAAAGGAAGGUGAUCUGGCUGGCCACGAGAGUGGACAUGAUUCCAAAAGAAUGCACAUGGAGAAAGAUGAGACUCCGCUCUCCACACCAACCACAAGAGACAGCCUUGACAAACUUUCACUAGCUGGGCACGGACAACCUCUUCCUCCAGGUUUCCCAUCUCCUUUUCUAUUUCCUGAUGGAUUGUCCUCCAUAGAAACCCUCCUGACUAACAUCCAGGGGCUGUUAAAGGUUGCCAUAGAUAAUGCACGGGCUCAAGAGAAGCAGGUGCAGCUUGAAAAGACCGAGAUCAAAAUGGAGCUGUUCAGGGAACGAGAACUGAGAGAAACACUUGAAAAACAGUUAGCGGUGGAACAGAAGAACAGAGCAAUAAUUCAGAAAAGGUUAAAGAAGGAAAAGAAGGCCAAGAGGAAAUUGCAGGAAGCACUUGAAUUUGAAACCAAGCGGCGGGAACAAGCCGAACAGGCGCUAAAGCAAGCAGCUUCCACAGACAGCCUCAGGGUCCUAAACGAUUCUCUGACCCCAGAGAUGGAAGCUGACCGCAGUGGGAGCAGAACAGAUGCUGAGAGGACAAUACAAGAUGGAAGGCUUUAUCUGAAGAGUACUGUCAUGUACUGAAUUUGCCCAGUUGGAGCAACGUGCGUUACAGUUCAGAGAACUCUGCAGUAAGACAGCCCGUGUUUCGGCGGUUCUGCAGAAACAAAGGUGCUUUGCAGAAAACAUUUUCCCUUCACGUAGCCUUGUGCAGAGAUUUUCAGCUUUUGACGGGAGCAUCCUCAUUGCAUUGCCCAGGCUCCACCCAGCGUCACAGAAGGCAACUUACAUAGCUCUCUUGUAACAACCAGCUGCCAGGAAAUCUGUACUGAGACCCCACAGCAAAACUGUAUAUUCCCACUUAAGUGGGAUAAGAACCACAUUCUCUUCUGAAUCCUUAGGCACACCAAGGAGAUCUUCCACUUCUCAUCCUAAGCACUGUUAUGUCAAACCAGCAAGAUGGCAGAAAAAAAAAAAGAGUAUUUCUAAAAUGGGCAUCAGAAGAUUCCUAAAAACUGAAGCUAAAUCAAAAUAUUAUAUACCUUUUUUUUUCAGAUCCUGGGAAAUGGAUUUUUCACAAAUCCUCUCCAAGAGACCAAGGCAAUGGUACCUUAUAGAACUUAAACCAGUUUUAUCUCAACAAAGGAAGUACAGAGUUUCAACAGCAUUAUUUACUAUUUGCAGUAAUCACUCUUUUCUUAAAAAAAAGAAGAAGAAGAAAAGAAGGAGAAGAAGAAGGAGAAGAAGGAGAAGAAUGCUUAUAAUUUCUCAUGUUAAACUGGCAGUAUAUUGGGAGAGGAACGACAACAAGUCAUACCUUGCUUCUGAAACUGUUCAGGUGUACAGUAUAUAACCACAAGCCACUCACGGAAAAUAUUAUGUAUGCAGUAGUAUACUAGAUUUUAGAAAAACAACAAUUUUAGAGAAUAUGUUUUGUCACCCUGUUGGUCCAAACACCAUCUUUCUAAUUUUAACGCAUGCAGGCAUGUAAAUAUUUGUCUUGAAGUCACAGUGUUAAUGAAGGGAAACUUAAGCAUCUGGGAGUGGUGGCCACAUUUAUAUGUAUAUGGUGUGAGAGGGCACUUUUCGGAGUGGGUUGUGGCCCCCAAUCGAGUCAACUCCCCAGAAAUAUUUUUCUAUAUUAAUGUCAUAUUACUUCAACAUUGCUGGGGAAGGGGAAAAAAAAUCCCCAAGGCUGUAAAGACACUUGAUGUAUCAGCCCAAUGCCACGUAGAGCUAAGUGAUGGAUUUAAAGUCUUUUGUCCUUCCUACCCACCAGUGUAGGCAAGUCUGGUUCUGUGUUAUUUUUAUCGUCUUUAUAAAAAUGGUAUCUGUUUUUCACCUUUGUGCUCAUAACUGGAAGCAAGCUGAAAAAGAGUGUUUUCUACAUCUUCAAUUUUCUUCUUGGCUCUGCCUACUUCUCUAAGUUACCCCUUUAAAGCCUACUUGGAAGAUUGUUCAUGCUUUCUGGAUCUCUAAUGUUUCAUGCAGAAAAAGCCUUUGAUAUGAAUUCGUAAUUGGGAACACACAGUAAGUGCUCGCUCAUCUGAAUGACCUGCAAUGUGUCCAAAUUUAAAUCUGUUGGGAAGGCAAACUUUGGGGCAUCAGAGAGUUGCUGAAUCUGGGCUUUGUUAAUUUUGGCAUGCGUAUAGACCACCUUAAUUUUAUGUCUUAAAAAGUAUCUUUAAAACACAAAACGAAACCUUUAUUACAGGAGGGUUUUUUUUUAAGUCCUUAAUACUUAAGAAAAUCUUAGAUAAUUCCUUUAAAAAAAAUAGUGCAGUCUUUAAAGGGUUAACGGCUAUCAUUUGACGAACUUUGUGGCAAACGGCUAGUUUUAUGAGAAGAGAGAGGGGUUUGAGUUGUUUGCUUCCUGGCAAAAAUGGUGGUCGUGGUAUCUGCCAUUCCUUUGUCCUGGCAAAAAGACCCACCCAUGAGUCCGUGUGAUCAUUUUUACAGUGUAUUCUUUCGAGACACUGUAGGUAUUAAUCAUUGUUUGGUUUGGAACAUAAGUAAAUGGAGAUGCUAAUUGAGGAGAAGUAUAUCUUGUUAAAACACGUGUAAAUAUUACAGUUCAUGAAAUGCUACCGUAUGAUGAAUCUGGGUUUCUUCUCCCUUUAGUUACCCAAGAUUUUUUUUUCCUUUCGCCUAGAAUAUGAAGAAAUGUUGUGUUCAUGUUAUUGUUUAAAUGCUUUUUGUAUUCUUAAAGAUAUUAAUGUCUAGUUGUUCUAUAUUAUAAUCACCUUUUGCGCUCUAUGCAACCCUUUGGAACAGAACAUUCUCAUCUUCAUGUAGGACCUAUGAAAAUUGUCUAUUUUUAUCUAUAUAUUUAAAGUUUUCUAAAAAUGAGAAAAAAAGUUAUUAUGAAUUUUGUUGUACAAAAUCUGUACAAAAUCUGUUUUUACAUCAUAAUGCAAGAAUUGGAUAAUUUUUCUAUGGUAGCCUAGUUAUCUGAGCCUGGUUUCAUGUGAGAACCACGUUUCCUGGUAUUGUAUUUAAUUUUCCUCUUUUUUUUUUCCUCCUCCUCCUUUUCAACAAUCUGCUAAUAAAACUGUCUGAAAUUUG